AUGCCGCACCAUGCAGUCAUACGAAGGGACCGCGAGACUACAAAGGUCCGUAUUGUAUUUGAUGCGUCGUCGAAGUCCCCUGGUUGCAUCUCCCUCAACGAGGCCUUACACGCUGGGCCAAACCUGAACCCCGACGUCCUACAACUGUUGCUACAGUUUCGCACGUACGAAGUGGCUCUAACGGCGGAUGUAGAGAAGGCAUUCCUUCAAAUUCAACUGGACCCAUCCGACCGUGACUGUUUGCGAUUCUUGUGGUAUGCCGAGCCUCCUAAGACGGGUGAACCUUUGCCACCGGUUGAGACUUGGCGGAUGACGCGGGUUCCCUUCGGAGCGAAAUCGAGCCCCUUCCUCCUUGCAGCGACUAUACGUCAUCAUCUAAAGUCAGCAGAGACGUUGUACCCGCAGACAGCUCCUCUGCUGUCAAAUCACUUUUAUGUGGACGAUCUCGUUGUCGGCGUCGACACUGUCCAGGAGGCGCUCACUCUUUACCGCGAAUCACAAGCAAUAUUUCGUGACGCUGGCAUGAAGCUGGUGAAAUGGACUACCAACCGCUCGGAGCUUCAGGGAACUUUCGAGGACGAUGGAACUGCAAGCCCAUCCGCUACGUCACAGAGGAAGGUUCUUAGACUCGGCUGGGACAUCAGCACCGAUGAAAUCCGGUACUCCCUGAAUUCCAUCACGGAGUUCCUCGAGAGUAACUUGAACACCGGCAUUAAGCGUUAUGUGCUUCAAGCCGUUGCACGUAUCUAUGAUCCCUUCGGCUACGUGACGCCAUACGUUGUCACGGCCAAGAUUCUGCUACAACGUAUUUGGCUGGCAAAGCUGAACUGGGACGACAGGCUACCAGAAGAUCUCAAGAACACGUGGUCUACGUGGUGCAGGCAGGUACCCCUACUGGCUCGCGUUUCCCUACCGCGGAGGUUAACUGCUCUCAACAUUUCUGAAGCCUCCUGCUCGUUGCACAUUUUCAGUGACGCCAGUCCGCGAGCAUAUGGGGCAGCAGCUUAUCUUGUGAUUAAUGACGGUAGUGGAUAUACUGAAGCGUGCCUCGUUUUGGCGAAGACCAGAGUUGCUCCGCUGAAGACAGUCUCACUACCAAGGUUGGAACUGAUGGCCGCAGUAAUCGCUUCUCGGCUUUUGAAGUUCGUUCAGAGUGCGUUAGCAAUAACCCAAGCCGCGACUAUUCUGUGGACGGACUCGGAGAUAACACUGCACUGGAUUUACGGAGCACCAAGCGACUGGAAACCGUUCGUGCAGAACCGAGUGGCUGAAAUACAGGGCGUUACGGAUCCUCAUCAGUGGCGAUAUUGUCCGGGCUAUGACAAUCCUGCAGACCUGCUCACAAGGGGUACUUCAUGUCUUCACCUGAUAGAGAGCAAACUCUGGUGGAAAGGUCCGUCAUGGCUGAUCGAUCAGCAGUCUUGGCCUCCACCUUGGCGGGUUCCGCAAGAAACGUCUGAGGAGGUGCGAAACGAGGCUAAGGGCAACGACUUGUACUCCGCGCCCGCAUCUGUAAAGGUUCCCAUAAUGAAUGCGGACAGGUACAGUUCGCUUCACAAGCUGCUGCUGGUUACCGCCUGGGUCUUGAGGUUCCUGCACAACAGUACGCACACCUCCCAGAAGAAGACUGGUGUCCUUACAGCCGAGGAGAUCUCAGCGGCGGAACAGUACUGGAUUUUGACGGCUCAGCUUGAGUCUUUUGGGCCUCAUCCGACCACUCACAAGUCCCUUCAGAAUGUAUCGCUGUUUCAUGACGAGAAAGGCGUCCUCCGCAUGACAGGUCGACUGCAGUACAGCGAUCUCCACGAAUCAGCGAAGCACCCCAUUGUCAUACCUUCGGAUCACCCGAUUACGGCAAUGCUGAUUUCCCGGGCACACACAAGACUGCUUCAUGCCGGAGUUCAAGAAACCUUGGCAGAACUGUGCAAAGAGCAUUGGAUUAUUCGGGGACGUCAAGUGGUGAAGAAGACGCUGCACGGAUGCCGUAUCUGUCGCCGAGCAAAGGCCCAGGCCUGCUCAGAAGCCGCUGAGAGCAAAGGAGAGCCAGGAGGACGGACACUCAGGCCGGUCCAGCUUCUCUACAGACUGGAAGCAGACAGCUGA